AUGGAUUUCCUACUCCUCUUACUUGACAGUAUGCGCAUCACUACGGUAAGUCUCACUCUAGAGGGUCUUUACCAUGGAGGGAGGUUGAGAAGCUACUUGAGAAUCAUCAGCCUCGUGUCCUCGCGUUACACGACACUCGAUGGGCCCAGGACUAGAGACGGAAUAAGGGGACGAAAGGAGGCCUGCAAGAUCUUCUAUGCCGAGGAUGAAUUCCUGUUCCAUGCUCCUGGCUACAACGCAGACACCCUGCACACCUUCGCUACUCAUGUGCAUGACCAAGGUAUCUUGACGGAGGAACUGCGAAGCUAUUGCUCGUGCUCGAGCAUUGAGAACCAGCGUCCGAGCUGGGCCGGUCUAUGCGAGUGGCUGCUCAAGAAACAUCAGAUUCCGCACUAUCCGGGUCUGCUGGUCCCUCAAGGCCUCAAGGAGAAAAGCCCCCAUGCCACCGAGAAAUUCAUCGUGGGUGGGAUGUUUUCAACGGCCUGA